AUGGUCCUAUUAAAACCUAAGAAACGAAAGAGUAAUGAUGAUAUAAAUAGAGGUACUAAAAGAAAUAAGGAGGAGAAGCCGACGCUACAAGUUCUUUGUAAUGAGACUAAGCUAGAACUUAAUAGCGGAAAAGACAACCUAGACGUUGCUAGCUUUCCCUUAGCUAUAGCAGAUUAUUAG